AAUUGUUCCCAUACACUGCCAGUCUAUCAAAAGUAUGUUAAUAUUUGCACUUUUUAUUUUAUCUUAGUAACUAUUAAAAUGUCUUCUAAUAAGUUAAAUUUGGUGUGUGUUGAUGGAAGUGAACACAGUGACAGAGCAUUCUCGUGGUACUGCAAAACACUUCAUCGAGAAGGUGAUACUGUAGGCUUGGUACACAUUCAGCAAAUUCCCUACAUGCCAAUUGGAUUAUUUGAGGAUGGACUUCUUAUUGACAGUGCAUGUCAAACAGCAAUUGAAGAAAAUAUAGCAGCAAGCAAAGAUGUUGUGGAAAAAUACAAGUCUCUUUGUUCUGAAAAACAGCUCAAGGCUGUUCCUUUCCUACAAGUGUGCGAUGAUUCAGUGGGUUACACAAUAUGUAAAAUAGCCAAAGAGAAUUCGGCAGAUGCCAUUGUGAUUGGACAGCGCGGGUUAGGUACCAUUCGGCGCACUCUUCUUGGUAGUGUGAGUGAUUACGUACUGCAUCAUUCGCAUAUACCAACUGUUGUUAUUCCGAAAGAAGAAAAAUAAUUUAUAAUAAUUUUUAAAGCAUUAUCUUUCAACAUUUAUCUAAAACAUGCAUUUAUAAUUGGUUCGGUUUUGAAAUUUUUUGAAAUUAUUUUUCUCAUUUGUAUAUUUAGUUUAUGUUAAAUGUUUACAUGCUAAUUAAUAUACAGUAUAUAUUUUUAAAUUACCUAUGCAUUUUUUAGGGCAUCAAAGAUUUAUGCAUAAAUUACAUUUAAGUUUAUUAUUUUUAUUUUGUUAGACUGAAGCUGUAUUUCUUACACCUCGAAGAUAUGAUACUUUAGG